AUGCAUUCUCUAACCACCCUUCUUGUUGCCUCGUUAGCAACUCUCGCUCUCACCAAACCAGUCCCACAAAUAACAACCAAAGGCUUCAGUGUGACCGGUACUGUUGCUAAGCCAUUGCCUGCCUAUCCUGUCCGACUAGCUCGAGUCUACGAGAAAUAUGGCAAGCCAGUUCCAAGCAAUAUCGCUGCUGCAGCUGCUGCCGCCACAGAGACUGGCAGUGUUCCAGCAAUACCUGAAGAGUCGGAUGUCGCUUACCUGAGUGAAGUGAAUAUUGGUGGACAAACUCUGACUCUCGACUUUGAUACAGGAUCUGCUGAUCUCUGGGUCUUCUCAAGCGAGCUUGCCUCCUCGUACACCGAGGGUCACGCCAUCUACAACCCUAACAAGUCAAAAACUGCCAAGAAAUUGAAUGGCGCAACCUGGAAAAUUCGAUACGGUGAUGGCUCUGGUGCAAGUGGCGAUGUCUACACUGAUGAUGUUGAGGUAGCUGGUAUUACAGUUAAGGGCCAGGCAGUUGAGCUUGCUUCCAAGGUCAGCUCUCAGUUCCUCCAGGACCCAGACAACGAUGGUCUCCUCGGCCUCGCCUUCAGCUCUAUCAACACUGUCCAGCCCAAGCCUCAAACCACCUGGUUCGACACCGCAGCUGCACAAGGGCUCUUCGCUAAGAAUCUGUUCACUGUCGAUCUGAAGCAAGGUGCCCCAGGCACGUAUGAUUUUGGCUACAUUGACAGCAGCAAGUACACUGGGAAAAUCACUUACACCGACAUCAACGAAUCUCAAGGCUUCUGGGAGUUCACUGGAACUGGUUACGGAGUCGGCGAUGGAAACUUCCAAGAGCAGGACAUUGACGCUAUUGCCGACACUGGUACUACCCUGCUACUUAUGGAUGACUCCAUUGUCGAAGACUACUACAGCCAGGUCGAUGGUGCCGAAGUGGAUCAGCAGCAAGGUGGAUAUGUCUUCCCCUGCUCCGCUCUGCUACCUGACAUGAUUUUGGGAAUCGGUAGUGGUCAGGCCACUAUUCCUGGCGGCUUGAUGAGUUUAGGAGCCGUGUCACGCGGAAGCAGCAGCUGUUUCGGUGGUUUGCAAUCCAACCAAGGAGUCGGUCUCAGCAUCUACGGUGAUAUCUUCCUGAAGGCUGUUCUUGCAGUCUUUGACGCUGACAACAAGCGAUUUGGCUUUGCUCCCAAGUCCUCCUGA